AUAUGUCGGAUACGAACUGUAUCCAUAACCAACCGGAAUAACCCGACAGUGGAAAAACAGCAAAAAAUCAGUCCUGAUUUAUUUCCUGAUUCGAUCCAAAUAAUUGUCCCUUCCUCACGAAAAAUUUAUCACUGUCAGUGUUAACAGAUCUCUACAUUUCUUCUUCACUCCGUUGAACAAUGAGAAGAUUAGGGCACCACAGGCAGAAGCAAGGAGGAGUGAUUGGAUUGAAAGGAUUGUUAGCUAAGUUAUCAAUUGCUGUUAUAGUUCUCUUGAUCUGUACUCUCUCGUUGUUGUUUACUACUACCAUUAAUGGAACUGCUGGAUCCAGUGGUUCAUCGGAGAUAAAUGUUGACGAACUUUGGGAAAGUGCUAAUUCAGGCAAGUGGAGGCCGUCUUCUGCUCCAAGAUCUGAUUGGCCACCUCCUUCCAAAGAGAGUAAUGGGUAUCUGCGUGUCCGUUGUAACGGUGGUUUGAAUCAGCAACGUAGUGCGAUCUGUAAUGCAGUUCUUGCUGCUAGAAUCAUGAAUGCUACUCUUGUGCUGCCUGAGUUGGAUGCCAACUCCUUCUGGCAUGAUGACAGUGGCUUCCACGGCAUCUAUGAUGUUGAGCAUUUUAUCCAAUCACUUAGGUAUGAUGUACGUAUUGUGGAAAGCAUACCUGAUAUUCAUAAAAAUGGGAAAACUAAGAAGAUAAAGGCUUUUCAGAUACGGCCUCCUAGAGAUGCUCCUAUUAGUUGGUAUUUAACUGAAGCUAUGGAGAAGAUGAAGAAACAUGGGGCCAUUUAUCUAACUCCCUUUUCACAUCGUUUAGCAGAAGAAAUUGACAUCCCCGAGUACCAGCGGCUGAGAUGCAGGGUUAAUUACCAUGCCCUUCAGUUUAAGCCACAUAUUAUGAAGCUUAGUGAGUCAAUAGUUGAGAAGUUACGUGCACAAGGUCACUUUAUGGCAAUACACCUUCGAUUCGAAAUGGACAUGCUGGCAUUUGCUGGGUGCUUUGACAUAUUUAACCCUGCUGAGCAAGCAAUAUUGAAGAAGUAUAGGAAGGAAAAUUUUGCCGAUAAAAGACUUGUUUAUAAUGAAAGGAGAGCCAUUGGAAAAUGCCCUUUAACUCCAGAAGAGGUCGGUCUCAUCUUACGUGCAAUGGGGUUCGACAAUUCCAGUCGAAUAUAUCUAGCAGCUGGUGAACUGUUUGGUGGAGAGCGAUUCAUGAAACCGUUUAGAGCCCUUUUUCCUCGCCUUGAAAAUCAUAGUUCUGUGUACCCUAUUGAGGAGCUAGCCCCAAACGCGCAUGGAUUGUUGGGAUCUGCUGUGGAUUACAUGGUUUGUCUCCUUGCUGACAUUUUUAUGCCUACAUAUGAUGGGCCAAGCAACUUUGCCAACAACCUCUUGGGUCACCGUCUCUAUUAUGGUUUCCGGACAACAAUUAGACCUGACAGAAAAGGUCUUGCUCCAAUUUUCAUUGACCGAGAAAAUGGAAAGACAGCCGGUUUUCAAGAAGCUGUCCGGCGUGUAAUGCUUAAAACAAACUUUGGUGGCCCUCACAAACGAAUUUCACCUGAAUCAUUCUACACCAAUUCUUGGCCGGAGUGUUUCUGCCAAACUAAAACGCAGAAUCCUGCUCAUAAAUGCCCACCUAAUAAUGUCGUGCAAAUCUUAGAGAGCCAGUUACAGAGUGAAGUGUUCGAUGAUUCGGAAUCCUUGAAUGAAACAAAUUCAACCAUAUCUGUGGCGGGAAGAUAAAAACACACGUGCCUAUAUUUUUCGUUGUUUGUUACUGCUUUUGCCAGUAAUUAACACUAUGCGCUAAAUUGAAGAAAUAAGGGAUCUUUGCAACCUUAUUCAGCAUCUCAGGUAGUCACUGAUCUCAGAAUUUAUGCUGUCAUGUUAAAGAUACUCCAUUAUUGCUGCUUCGGAAGUAAAAUGCUUCACACUUGAAUUAGCAUCAAAGGUGAUAAUGAUGCUGAUGGUGAAAGGGCGUCAGACGGAAAAUUUGACUAUUUAGAAUUUGACUGCAACAUACUACAAAAGAUUUAGAUUAUGAAGAGAAAGAUAAGACACAGAAUUAGGAGUAGAUAUUAGCAUAUGUUGAGUUUGAGGAUCAUUUUCUUGUGUAAUUGAGCAAACUUCUCUCUCUAGAGUGAACUUUGGAAUAUGAUAAGCUGGGAUUGGAAAGUUUUGCUUUUAGGCGGCACAAUGGUCUUGAGCUGAACAUGGGAUGCUUCAUGAUCACCCUCAGACAGAGAACUCUCCUAGGCAUACAUUUACAGGAAGAAAAUGUUUUGUUCACGCUGCAUCUCCGAUCUCUAUUAUCGGAAGUUGAUGAAACGAUAUCAUACAUAUAUUCCUUCUCAUUCUCAUUCAUUGUACUAUUUCCUUACAGAAGUGCGCCUAACAAUCUGAUUAAUCCAUUUACUUUGUUUAAACUGAAUUCAAUAUGAAUUAUACCAGCAUACCA